AUGAAUCUUCACAACAGGGAUGUGGACAAGCUUAAUGCUGAGAUUCAAGACUAUGAAAACUUCGUCAUUGCCUUACGCAGUACUACCGAACCUCGUACGGCCGAAUGGAUUAAAAGCUUGCUGGACAAGCAUGGAUUAAAAGGAGAUCAUUACUUCGACAAUACUCAAUCUCGUCUGUCGACGCCCCAGAAUGAGAUGGACGCCGAUGAAAGGUCACCUCUCUCAUCUAUUGGCUCGCUAGAGGCUAUUGAUCGAGUAGAGGAGGAUCUGAAUCGGACAGAACAUACUCGAGCUACGGGAUUUAUGGGUAAAAGCUCGGAAAUCUCUUGGAUGCAACGGGUUCAAAGAGAAGCCGAGCAACGGGCUCAAGGGUAUGCUGGAAUUAUGGAAUCUAAUCAGGAUAAGAACGAAGAAGGACGAGACGGAUUCUCACUUCAUGCACUAAAUUACCAUCUGGACGAUCUCGAUAUCUCCGUCUCCGAACCAGUGGAACGAUACGACAUGCCCCCUCGACAUCUGGCUGAUCGGCUUUUCGACGACUAUCUAGAUACGGUACACCCUUUCUUUCCUAUCAUCAGCAAACCACUCUUCCGCGCUCAAUACCAGACCUUUUUCGACAGCUUUACUAGGCCCAAUGCUCCUCGGCCGGGUGACAAGUGGCUUGCCAUUUUGAAUAUUAUCUUUGCAAUUGCGGCCAAGCAUGCCCACCUCAUCAAUGCUCCGUGGCGAGGGGUUUGUGAUGAUCAUUUGGUGUAUAUGACCCGGGCUCGAUUGCUCAGUCUCAACUCGGAGGUCCUGUUCAGUCAUCCAGACCUUCAACAAGUUCAAGUUGAGAGCUUGAUUGCAUUCUACCUGCUUGCAUCGGAUCAAAUCAACAGGGCAUGGAGAAUCUCUGCUCUGGCGGUUCGAUCUGCCAUCACCCUCGGAAUCAACCUGAAGAACAACAGCUCCGUUACCCCCAACAUCUCCAAGGAAGCUCGGUACCGAGUUUGGUGGUGUCUCUACUCCUUCGAACACAUGCUAGGCAUUAUGACCGGCCGAGCUAUCUAUACUCUCGACGGCGGAUACGCAACCCCCUUACCCCUUCCCUUCGAAGAAGAACAAUUACAAGAAGAUCCCACGGCCAUCGAAAUGCUGAAUAGCCCGGCUCUGAGAGACGAGCUGAUUAACAACGUCAUGUCGAGCACCGUGAUCCGACAAGCGGGUGGCCGGGAAGAUGCUCAAAAAUCCAGACCUCGAGACCAAACGUGGCUCAGAAAACUGCCAUCCAAUUUUGGACUUUGCUACCUCUAUCAUUGUGAUUUGACAAUAAUUACUCAAGAGAUUGUCAACAAGGUCUACUCGACCAAUUGUGUCUCGCUGACAUGGUCAGAGAUUGAGGCUCGACUCGAUGAACUACGCGCUCGCAUCGACGCCUGGCAGUCAAGCCUUCCAACGGUGAUUGACUUUACCAGUGAUGAGGCCGACGACACUCCCGAUCAACUUCGCUGCAAAUUGAUCCUCGCAUUUCAUUACUAUAGCGCGCGGAUCACUCUUGGACGACCCUGCCUUUGCCGACGCGAUGCACGCCAGCAAAAUUCCCAACAAACCUUUAGCCAUAUGAUGGCUCUCAUCACCCUCGACUCGGCCUCUCGCUUACUUGGGCUCCUCCCCGACGAACCAGACGUCCCUCAACUCUUCAAAAUCUGCCCAUGGUGGUGCGUCCUCCGCUAUCUCAUGCAGGCCACCACAGUCAUCCUUCUCGAACUGUCUUUCGGUAGCGUCCAUAUACCAGAGGACGAAGAUCGGUUCGUCAGACUAGCCAAAAAGUCAAUACGCUGGUUUCACGCCAUGUCAGAUCGCAGUAUUGGUUCCCGACGGGCCUGGCAACUCUGUGAUUCCAGUUUCCGGAAACUAGCCAGCGGCAUGAAAUACACGACUGACGAUCUCCCCUCCCAUCCACGACCGCAAGAGCGCUUCGCCACCGAGCAUAACAUCCCUUCCAAUAUCUCCUCCUUCCACCAUGGAGGACACUCCUCCAACGAUUAUUUCACGCUUCGCCCCGAAGACAUGAAUCCCUUCUUACACCGUCCCGCCCCCGUACAAGAUGGCGACGUCUGGACGAAUUACUUCAACCUACCCACUCCCGAUCUGAUGUGGCCGCUUUCAGGUCCGGGUGAAAUCACUGAAGAUUCUUAUUUCCCUUAUGACCCUCUCAGUGAAGAGUUUAUCCGGUCUUUCUUUCCUUCCUCGGACGAGGAGAAUAGAGGACCGCGAUGA